AUGGCAGGGCAGGGGGGUUGGGAGGAAGAGCAGGGAAUGAGCUUGGCCCCGCAGGGCACAGCAGGAGGGCAGUCCAUGAGGGCAAGGUCCCCUGCGCCCUUCCUGUUAAAGACAUACGACCUUCUGGAGGAAGGGGAGGCUCAUGGUGGUAGGGAUGGUGGUGAAAAGAUUGUGACAUGGAAUGCAGAAGGAACUGGGUUUGUGGUUUGGUGCCCUGCAGAGUUUUCAGAGAUCGUACUCCCCAAAUACUUCAAGCAUAACAAUUUCUCAAGCUUCGUUCGGCAGCUUAAUACCUACGGAUUCAAGAAAGCAGCAUCCAAAAGAUGGGAGUUCCAGCAUGAGAAGUUCCAGAGAGGGCGCAGGCAUCUGCUGGCAGAGAUCAGCCGGAAGAAGUGCGAGCCCAGCGUCUUCCCGUCGCACCUAAAACCUUUGGAGGGAAGCCCAGAGGCCGCCACCGACGAUGCUUAUCGGGUUUUGCUCAUGGAGGAGAACAAGAACUUGAAGAAGGAGAACUUGGAACUGCAAAUGCAGAUAGCCCACUUCAAGUCACUAGAGGUGAAAUUGCUGGACGGCCUCUCUGAAUCCGUAUCCAAGAGCAAAGCCAGGAGGGCGUCUCAGGUCCUAGGAGAAAAAAGCUAA